AUGGCUGAGAAUAAGCCUGCCGUCAUCUGUGUUUUCUGCGGCUCAACAGCAGGCAAAGACCCAGUCCACCUCGAAGCAGCCCGAGCUCUCGCCUACGAGUUCCACAAGCACAAUGUCCAACUCGUCUACGGCGGCGGCACCACAGGGCUCAUGGGCGAGAUCGCCAAGACCCUCGUCUCCCUCUCCGGUCCGAAAGCAGUUCACGGCGUUAUCCCCCGCGCUCUAGUCAAAGUCGCCGCCAAGGGCGUUGAGAACGGCACGUCCACCCCCGCCGAAGAGGGCGGCAAGGCCGCUGAGCGAGUCCUCGCGGAGUCCGCCGUGGAGGGUGAAGGGAUUCCCGAGUCUGAAUACGGUAUUACGACGAUCGUUCACGAUAUGCACACGCGUAAGCGGAUGAUGGCUACAAUGGUGCUUGAGGGUGGACCGGGUUCUGGAUUUGUUUCUUUGGCGGGUGGGUUUGGUACGAUUGAGGAGGUUAUGGAGAUGACGACUUGGAAUCAGUUGGGUAUUCAUCGUGUUGGUGUGGUGCUGUUGAAUAUUAACGGGUACUGGGACGGGUUGCUUGCUUGGAGGCGUAAUGCUGUUGAGCAGGGAUUCAUUUCGGUGGAGAAUGGGUCGAUUUUGGCAGAGGCCCAUACUGUCGAGGAGGUUGUUCCUAAGUUGUUGGAGUAUCAGUGCAGCUGUGAUCGGAUGCAGUUGAACUGGGGCGAGGAAUAA